AUGGCAGAACUGCCCCCAGAGGAGACAGGCAUCGUGUCCAAGGAAAAACCUGUGACCCAAGAGAAGACCACGCCCACAGUGAAUAUCCUCUCCAAGGGUGAGCCUAUGAGCCAGGUGGCCACCAUUCCAUCCAAGAAAGGGCUGGAUCUGGCACGCUCUGGGCUUCCAAACAUCGGUAACUCCUGUUACAUGAAUGCCUGUAUCCAGGCUCUCCGGACCAUAAAGCCGUUCAUGUCGAUGCUUAGUGUUCAGGAAAAUGUGUGGGCAAAUUGUGAUGAGGCUGAGCUGCUCAGGCAGCUCAAGACUCUCGCAGAUGUCCCAUACUCUUCUGAGCAUGUCCACAUGACAGCUUUGGCCUGGAGCUUCAAAGUGGCUGUGGCACAGCAGGCUCCAAUAUUCGGGGAUUUCCAACAACAAGAUGCGCACGAGUUGCUUAUGUCACUGAUGGAGCAGAUCCAGAGCUUUGCUCCAAUCCUGGAUGUCUUUGCUUUUAGCCUUGAGACAAGCUAUGUCUGCCCAGUGAAGGAGCACAUGAGGUUCCAAAUGGAGACCACCAGGACCUGCAAAAGUUAUGGACAGAUGUACUCAGGGAUCAUCCCGGUCCUUUCUUUAGACCUGUCUUCUGGCCGCUCCAUCAGAAAACUCCUGGCCCACCAUUUGAGGGAGCUGGAGUACAGGUGUGAGUGUGGAAGCACACUCUCUGGACAGACAGCAUGUAUAGCCACUCUGCCAAAUGUCCUCAUUCUCCAUCUGAAGAGAUUCAGUUAUGACUCUCAGUUUAGGAUGGAGAAAGUGAUGCAUCGCAUCCAGCUGGAUGAAGAUUUAGUCAUCCAAUCCAAACAGAAGGCUGGAUGUUUCAAAUUGGUCAGCAUCAUUUCUCAUUUGGAAUAUUCAGCAGACCACGGACAUUAUAUCUGCGAUGGGCUUGGCCCAGACAACAGUCCCCUGCAGCCCAAAGAAACAUGGCUCACCUAUGAUGAUCUCCAUGUCACCAAGACAAGCGCACAGGACAUCUGCUGA